CGCCCGGCCUCCGCCCCCUCGGCCGGCCGCCAUCUUGUUGUUGAUCGGUACCCAGUGGGCAGCGCUGGGAGCUGGGCCCAGCGGCCUGUGCAGGGCCGCUGCAGCAGGGCUCAGCACCUGCGCCGCCUGCCAGGGAGCGGGCCGAAACCUGAAGGCCCGGGGGGCUCAGCUCCUGUGGGGAGCCUUGGACAUCCGCAGUUCGGGUCGGCGGUAUCCCUCAGAACCCCAAGACACUAUGUCAGGUGUGGUGAGGUGAGUGUUGGGGUCCUCCCAGCGUCCAUGCUUUUUGCUGUGGCUGAUGUUCCUGAAUGCUUGCUACUUGCAGAGGCUGAGCUCAUUCUACAACAAGUAUAGUGCCCAGGUGACAUGAGUGCAGAUGCGGUACAGGAACCCUCCUUUGCCUCCUGGGAAGCUCUCCAGGCACAGAAUGGAGACAGAGACAGCAAGGAAAGAAGUGCCCACUCCACACCCACACAGCAAUAUCCAGACUAUCCAUCAUAUCAUGAUGCAGAUUUUUUUGUAUCCAAUGGAACUCGGGACCUUGCACUUGUGUAAGGGCAGAAUAAGAAGCUGAGCAGACUGUGACUGUUGCCUUCAGGUUGCCGAGACCUUCUACUUAGCUCUUAUUUUGUGGCCCAUGUGCUGCAACCUGUGUCCCCAGUGUGCAACUGGCUCCCAACGCAAUGUGUGUUUGUCAAACCAUGGAAGUGGGGCAGUAUGGCAAGAACGCGGGUCGAGCAGGAGACCGAGGAGUCCUCCUGGAGCCCUUCAUCCACCAAGUGGGUGGACACAGCAGCAUGAUGCGUUAUGACGACCACACUGUAUGCAAGCCUCUCAUCUCCAGAGAGCAGCGCUUCUAUGAGUCCCUCCCUCCUGAGAUGAAGGAGUUCACCCCUGAAUACAAAGGUGUGGUAUCUGUCUGUUUUGAGGGGGACAGUGAUGGUUACAUCAACUUGGUGGCCUACCCUUAUGUGGAAAGUGAGACCAUGGAGCAGGAUGAUGCACCAGAACGGGAGCAACCUCGGCGCAAACAUUCCCGCCGGAGCCUGCAUCGGUCAGGCAGUGGCAGUGACCACAAGGAGGAGAAGGCCACCUUGUCCCUUGAGACCUCUGAGAGCUCCCAGGAGGCAAAGAGUCUGAAGGUGGAGCUUCAUAGCCACUCAGAUGUCCCUUUCCAGAUGCUAGAUGGCAACAGUGGUCUGAGUUCUGAGAAGAUCAGCCAUAACCCCUGGAGCCUGCGCUGUCACAAGCAGCAGCUGAGCCGCAUGCGCUCUGAGUCCAAGGACCGAAAGCUCUACAAAUUCCUCCUGCUUGAGAACGUGGUUCACCAUUUCAAGUACCCCUGUGUGCUGGACCUGAAGAUGGGUACUCGGCAGCAUGGGGACGACGCAUCAGCUGAGAAGGCUGCCCGGCAGAUGAGGAAGUGUGAGCAGAGCACAUCUGCCACUCUGGGGGUCAGGGUCUGUGGCAUGCAGGUGUAUCAGCUGGACACAGGCCAUUACCUCUGCAGGAACAAGUACUAUGGCCGUGGGCUCUCUAUUGAAGGCUUCCGCAAUGCCCUCUAUCAGUACCUGCACAAUGGGCUGGACCUGCGACGUGACCUCUUUGAGCCUAUCUUGAGCAAACUGCGAGGCCUCAAAGCUGUGCUGGAGCGGCAGGCCUCCUACCGUUUCUAUUCCAGUUCUCUGCUUGUCAUCUAUGAUGGCAAGGAGUGCCGGUCUGACCUGCGUCUCAAGCACCUGGACAUGGGGAUCCCUGAGGUGGCACAACCUGGUGGCCCCAGCACUAGCCCCAGCAGCAUCAACCCUGAGGCGGGCCCCUCCUGUCCACCCAAAGUGGAUGUCCGCAUGAUUGACUUUGCACACAGCACCUUCAAGGGCUUCCGGGAUGACCCCACUGUGCACGAUGGGCCAGACAGAGGCUAUGUGUUUGGCCUGGAGAAUCUCAUCAGCAUCAUGGAACAGAUGCGGGAUGAGAACCAGUAGGCCCAGUUCUGGGCCCCCGAUACCCGUUCCUCUCCACCCACAGGCAGGGACCAUUGCUCUGAACUUGCCAUGAGGACACACAGACUUACUUUUAAAGGGUUGUAUUUCUCUUUGGUGUAAACUAAAAGAAAUGUUUUUAGUUGUAGCCUGGAAAAUAUAU